AUGUCAGAGCCACAACGAAGCCAAAGUUUUGACAGUCAUGAAUCGGAAGUAGAUGGGCAUCACUCGAUUGUGCAACAAGACGAAGAGAUCUUUCAAGAGGUGAAAUCUAAAGAAACCGAUUUCACUUUCAAAAUUAUGUGCGUCGGAGAUUACACAGGUUUCGGUAAGAAGGGAGGCUUUGUUUCGGACUAUAUUCAACGCCGACCGCUUAGCUUUUAUCACAAGCCGACGAUUGGGGUUGAUUUUUACUUGAAUUUCAUCACUUGGAUCGACAAACAAACUAAGAAAGAAUCCACAGUAAAGCUACAGUUUUGGGAUGUAGCUGAACACGAACGCUUUCUUAAAAUGACCAGCGUUUUUUGCCGGAAUUGCGUCGGCGCUUUGGUGUUUUGGGGGCCAAAAAGCCCUUCUCCACUUGGAAGCGUUUUAAAGUGGAGUGAAAAGAUCCGAGAAGCGAACCCCAAGGACGCUAAUAUCCCGAUGGUGCUUGUAAUAGAGAACAUUCCCACAUCGAAGCGUGGAAAACCAGUGGAUUGGAUCGGACACGGAAAAAUGCUGGAAAGCAAGGUUCUUCUAGACGAGUUUUGUACUAGAAAUGGCUUUGUAGGCUGGUUUCAGCUUUUUUCAAGAGAAGGAGAUGGUUACACGGGCGUCAUGACCCGAGCGGUCGAUUGUUUGGUUCAAAAUAUUUUCAAACAGCAAAAUGUUCGAAAGACUUCAUAA